UGAGAGAGCUACUUCUAAGGUAUCUUAGAACUGUAAGAUUCUUCAAAACAACUUGAAAGUCACAGGGGCAACAAAUAAUAACUUGGGUUUACCUGAAAGAGUGCAGAAAUUACUUAGGCCUCUGGGCGUCGCUGUUGACCACCUAAGAAGUAAGCCUGUGAGACAUCCACUCCAACAUUACGGCUCGCAUAACACAAAGGGCUGGGCGUUUGGCCCGCAAGCUUCGGGAAGGCAAAAAAAUUAAGUCCAGCAGCCCACUACUCUCCACAGUUACCUGGGUCCCGUGAAUGCUGGUCAUCUCAGACCCUGAGGAAUAAAGAUUGGAAGCCCGCCCUGGAUGCUGGAAGUUGCCUGGGAGAAAAGACUGCAGCUCAAGAAAUGGCGGCUCUGCUAAAGUUGCCAAACCGCGGAAGGCUUGCCCUGCUGUGCCUUCUUUUGGCGACCCUGUGGGAGGCUGGAGCUGGGCAGAUGCGCUAUUCUGUGCCAGAAGAGAUCGAAAAGGGCUCAUUCGUGGGUAACAUCGCUAAGGACUUGGGGCUGGAGCCCCGGGAGCUGGCGGAGCGCGGAGUCCGCAUCGUCUCCAGAGGUAGGACGCAGCUCUUUGCUCUGAACCCGCGAAGCGGCAGCUUGGUCACCGCGGGCAGGAUAGACCGGGAGGAGCUCUGCGCUCAGAGCGCACGGUGUCUGCUGAGUUUCAACAUACUCCGGGAAGAUAAAUUGAGUAUUUAUUCAGUAGAGGUGGAAAUAACAGAUAUUAACGAUAAUGCCCCUCGCUUUGUAGUAGAGGAACUGGAGCUAAAAAUCAGUGAAUUGACUAUGCCAGGAUUCCGGAUCCCUCUGAAGAGCUCGCAUGAUGCAGACGUCGGGGAGAACACCCUCCAAAGGUACGAACUUAAUUCAAAUGACCACUUCUCCCUGGACGUGCGAAGCGGAAAAGAUGGGAAUAAGUAUCCAGAGCUGGUGCUGGAACGCGCCCUUGACCGUGAGGAAGAGGCCGUUCACCAUCUCGUUCUUGUGGCUUUGGAUGGGGGCGACCCUGUCAGAUCUGGCACCUCCCGCAUCCGCGUGAUGGUCCUGGAUGCGAACGACAACGCGCCUGUUUUUACACAGCCCGAGUACCUUGUAAAUGUUCCAGAGAAUACUCCCGUAGGCACCCGGAUACUCACAGUGACCGCCACUGACGCAGAUGAGGGAUACAACGCUCAAGUGGCAUAUUUUCUGGAGAAAAAUCCUGAAGAAACCUCAGAGGUAUUUGAGCUCAAGUCAUCAUCUGGAGAACUAACGAUCACAAAAAGCCUAGAUUAUGAGGAUGCCAAAUUCCAUGAAAUUGAUAUUGAAGCUCAGGAUGGUCCAGGCCUUCUGACCAGAACGAAGGUCAUUGUCACUGUUCUCGACGUAAAUGACAAUCCCCCAGAAUUUUACAUGACAUCUGCUACCAGCUCGGUUCCUGAAGACUCUCCUCCAGGAACCAUAAUUGCACUUUUCAAUGUACAUGACAGAGACUCUGGACAGAAUGCAUUUGUCACAUGUUCACUCCCGGAGAACCUUCCUUUCAAAUUAGAAAGGUCAGUGGACAAUUACCACCGACUGGUUACAACCAGAGUCCUUGACAGGGAACAGUUUUCCUUAUACAACAUCACUGUGAUCGCUAAAGAUGGAGGGAACCCAUCUCUGUCCACAGAUGCUCACAUUUUGCUGCAGGUGGCAGACAUCAAUGACAACCCUCCCACCUUUCCCCACACAUCCUACUCUGCCUACAUUCCAGAAAACAACCCCAGAGGUGCCUCCAUCUUUUCCAUGAUGGCCCAUGACCCCGACAGUGAUGACAACGCCCAUGUAACCUAUAACUUGGCUGAGGACAUCAUUCAGGGGGCACCUCUGUCCUCCUACAUCUCCAUCAACUCUGACACUGGCAUCCUCUAUGCACUGCAUUCCUUUGACUAUGAGCAGUUUCAUGAACUGCAGUUGUGGGUGACAGCACAGGAUGGCGGGAACCCACCACUCAGAAGCAACGUGUCUCUGAGCAUAUUCGUGCUGGACCAGAAUGACAACGUGCCAGAAAUUUGUACCCCGCCCUCCCCUACCGACAGUUCCACGGGUGUAGAGCUGGCACCCCCGCUCUGCAGAGCCCGGGAUACCUGGUGACCAAGGGUGGUGGCUGUGGACAGAGACUCGGGCCAGAACGCCUGGCUGUCCUACCGCCUGCUCAAGGCCAGCGAGCCGGGACUCUUCGCGGUGGGGCUGCACACGGGCGAGGUGCGCACAGCGCGGGCCCUGCUGGACAGAGACGCGCUCAAGCAGAGCCUGGUGGUGGCGGUCCAGGACACGGCCAGCCCCCUCUUUCGGGCCACGGUCACACUCACCGUGGCAGUGGCGGACAGCAUCCAGGCCCUGGCCGACUUGGGCAGCAUCAGGACCUCUGCCAACCACGACUCAGGUCUCACACUCUAUCUGGUGGUGGCGGUGGCCGCGGUGUCCUGCGUCUUCCUCGCCUUUGUCAUUGUGCUUCUGGCGCUCAGACUGUGGCGCUGGCAUAAGUCGCGUCUGCUCCAGGCUUCAGGAGGCAGGUUAGCGGGUGUGCCCGCCUCCCACUUUGUGGGCGUGGACGGGGUGCGGGCUUUCCUGCAGACCUAUUCCCACGAGGCCUGGCUCACCGCGGACUCGCGGGGGAGUCACGUGAUCUUCCCGCAGCCCAACUACGCGGACACGCUCGUCAGCCAGGAGAGCUGUGAGAAAAAGGAUUUUCUUUCAGAACCUCAACUUACACCUGAAAACAAAGAAGAAACUUUUUCUCAGGUAAACUCUCUUCGCAAUAUACCUGUGAGCUACUUUGCUAAAAGAAAUAAAUUUACCUAAUUACUUAGCUGUCUCCACGGUUUUACCAUACCUUUCUAUUUCCCAUAUUUC